AUGGAGAGGGCGCGUGCGGUGGCUGGGGAGAGCGGCAAGUGGUGGGCGCUGCUGCUGGGGUGGUCGGGGAAGGCCGACUACAUCGAGGCGCCAACGCCGGCGAAGGAGAAGGCGCGGGAGCUGCGUGCGAGGAUGGCGGAGACGGAGAGCUUCCACGACGCCAUGUACCACUCCGCCAUCGCCUCCCGCCUCGCCUACUCCGCCUAGGCGCGCCGCCGCCUCCGCCGGAGGAGGAGGAGGAGGGAGAUGAGUCCAACUCGCCGCCGCCGCCGGGGGUGGCAUCGC